AUGGCCUCGGAGCAGGAACCCCCUAGCUCACGCAGAGACCGGCCAUGGCUGUAUGCCUCGAACCGCAAGCUGCGACAUCUACAUGGCAUCUCCAUUCGCAACCUGAUCGUCACACCCGCAAGUCGAACUCGUGGCAAGACCAUAGACGACGAUGAUAUCCCCAACACCCUGACGACCCCUUCCAAGAUCCUCGCCCAGAACGGUGCCCGUACCCUACAUUCGUCCCGAUCCUUCACCGAUCUCAAGUCGCGCACCGGCUCAGAAAGCCAUGUCGACCGAAAGGAUAGUAAGCCUGAAAUGCGCCCGUCGCGUCGGAGAAGCACCCUGCCCUGGCACGAUCCCAAUCCUCGGACACGCCAGGUCAGACUGGAGGACAUCACCAACAGUCGCAUGGCGGAUACUUGGUUUUCAAUCCAUUGCGAGAGCCCAGAAGCCCCAAUCUAUGUCAGCGAGGUGGUCAACAAUGCAACCAAUCCCAGCUUUCAGGCUUUGGACUUGAAUAUGUGUGGCCCGCGGGUCUCCCGACUUAACUCCUUGACACUGAAGCUAUGGGCGAAGACGGCAACGAUGCCAGACUACAUGCUGUUGGUGGAACUACAGCUCAAUCUACGCUCCUUGCAAUUCUUGGGGAAAAGCCUCGAACACUUCCACCAGCCGCUUCCUGCCAAUUCCAUUCUGUUUCAUUUCCCCGACGGCGUGUACACCAAUCUCACCGAUCUCCCACCAGUGGAGACCUCUCUCUACGGAAUGGGUCAGCGAGCUACUGGUGAUGGAACAGUGCUACCCACUUCAUCUUACGACGCAUUGAUGAAACUAGCAAAUAUGGACGAAUGUAUACAAGACGCGCUAGCAACGCGCGAGAAACUGGAGACACAGAUCACCGCUAUUUUGGAGAAGAACCAGCACGCGCUAAUGAGUGUGAGCGACGCGGCGCAGGCGCAAGACCGGCUGUCCCUUACCAGACAAGCUAUUGCGGCCGAACGGCGACGGCUGCGAACGGCGAACAAGCGCAAAGACGAGUUGAUUGCCAGCCUUAAAACUCGGAAGGAGGCAAUGGAGCAGGGGCGUCAAGCCCAAGAAAGGGCUCGAAGCCACCUUCCCGACGCCCAGGAGAAACUGGUUUCCAGUGAACAAGUGCUCAACCACAGCGCAGACGAAGCCAAGGGCCAGAUUCGGCGAAUUUCUGAAGACCUACUGACCAUCUACCCGAUCGAGCCGAUCGCCGACAAACCACUGGCCUUUACCAUUGCCGGGUUAGCGUUGCCAAACUCUUCCUUUGAUGACAUUGACCGCGAGGCCGUUGCAGCGGCCCUGGGGUACACUGCCCACCUCGUGUACCUGCUCUCCUUCUAUCUCUCAAUGACCGUCCCUUACCCAGUCAGCUCGCACUUGUCGACCUCGAUGAUCCAGGACCCGGUGUCCGUGUCGCUCCCCACACGCACCUACCCCCUGUACCCGGUCAAUGUCCACUACCGAUUCGAGUACGGCGUGUUUCUGUUGAACAAGAACAUUGAGUUUCUGCUCAGCAAAUUGGGACUGCGUGUGUUGGACAUCCGGCACACCUUGCCCAAUCUGAAGUAUCUUCUCUACGUGCUCACGGCGGGCACGACGGAGAUUCCUUCCCGCAAAGCUGGAGGCAUCCGAGGCCUUCUGACGGGCCGAUGGACCCCGAGUCUCUCACGGCGAGGCAGUGUAGACAGCACUGCGUCGGGCGAACUGGUGCAACCACGCAAGGCCUGGGAAGCGGUCUCGCGGAUGAACGGCAGCCUAGACAAGGGGAAGCGGUUGGCCGUCACUAGUGGUUCUACGUCAUAUCGAGUGACCUGA